AAAUAAAAAAUAAAAUAAAAAACUCAAAAUUGUGUUUUGAAACUUGGGUUCUUGCGUGACCACGUCAGUCUCGGUGGAUGCUUCUCUUCUCUACUACAAACUUUCUUUCAUCCUUUUCAAAAUGGUGUUUCAAUGAAUUAAUCAAUCAAACUUCGCGGCAAACAAGAUUAAUAACAACAACAACAACAAUGGGUCAGGCAUUUCGUCGAGCAUCUGGAAGAAUACGAGCAGCAUCUGAAACUGACACGUCAUCAUUCUCCAAACCCAAGAUCGCCGUCGACCACCGACCUCCGUCCAAGGUUGCCACCGAUAAGCCGGUUGAGACCUCAAAAGCCGCCAAACUAGAAUCAUUCAACGACGAUGAUCGUCCUAAAGCUAAUUUGGACAACAUCCUGGAAGAAAGAGAUCCCAAAUUUGAUGCUAUGCUUGGUCAAAUGCUUGGUAGGAUUACAUCAAAGCCUGGGGGAAAACUUGAAAUGGGGGAGGCAUCUCUGGUUGAGAAGUAUAAUAGGCCCAUGCCAAAGUUGCGAAAUACAAAACCAAAUUCUGCUCAAUAUGAGGAAAGGCCAGUUGCAGCAGGCACUUUGAAUGUAGCUCAGGUGCGCCAUAUCAUCCUCUUGCAUGAAGGCAAGGCUGAUGAUCACAAUGGCCCUAUGGAUGUACACCAGAUUGCAGAAAGAUUCCGGGUUGAUGUUGGUCAGAUUCAGAAAAUCUUGCAAUUCCUGUCUCAUCCUCCAGAAGGAAGAAGUGAAGAUAAGAACAAAACGCCGAGAUAAACAGAUUUACCAGCAUUGCUAAUUGCUUCCUAUCUGACUAAAGGAUGUUCUAAAUAGAUUUAAAGUGUGCACUAAGUUUUGCCCAUUGAAAAGUAUACUUAGAUAUCUUCAACAGAAAAGUGAAUGCCAAAUACUAGCCUCAGGUCUUUAUUGAGCUGUAAUCACUGUAUUAAGUGCUAGUGAGGCCAAGAACUUGGUUUUUUCAAGACUUUUGUAAUAUCAAAAAUUAAAUUUGUCUUAUGAUGGAAAUUAACUUGAGAAGGAGUUGUAAUAAUAAGGGUUUGUAACCCAACGGUUGAGAUUGUGUUCAUUUUUCUGUGUUUCACAUCAAUCUGCUUUAUUCAA